UGACGACGAGCUGGUCCUGCAGCAGCUGCGCUACACCGGUAUGCUGGAGACCGUGCGCAUCCGGAGGUCAGGGUACAGUGCCAAGUACACAUUCCAGGAUUUCACCGAGCAGUUCCAGGUGCUCCUGCCCAAGGAUGCCCAGCCCUGCAGGGAGGUCAUCUCGACCCUCCUGGAGAAGAUGAAGGUAGACAAGAGGAACUACCAGAUCGGGAAGACCAAGGUCUUCCUGAAGGAGACGGAGCGGCAAGCCCUACAGGAGACGCUACACCGGGAGGUGGUGCGGAAAAUCCUGCUGCUGCAGAGCUGGUUUCGGAUGGUGCUGGAGCGUCGGCACUUCCUGCAGAUGAAGCGGGCCGCCGUCACCAUCCAGGCCUGCUGGCGGUCCUACCGGGUCCGGAGGGCUCUGGAGAGGACGCAGGCCGCGGUGUACCUCCAGGCCGCAUGGAGGGGCUACUGGCAGCGGAAGCUCUACCGGCGCCGGAAACAGAGCAUCAUCCGCCUGCAGAGCCUCUGCCGGGGGCACCUGCAGCGCAAGAGCUUCAGCCAGAUGAUCUUGGAGAAGCAGAAGGCAGAGGAGAAGGAGAGGGAAGCCCUGGAAGCCGAAAGAGCAGGCGCUGAGGAGGGCGGGCUGGGUCAGGCGGCCGGCGGGCAGCAGGUAGCUGAGCAGGGGCCAGAGCCGGCAGAGGAUGGCAGGCACCUGGCAUCAGAGCCUGAGGUGUGGCCAAGUGACAGGUCCCCGCCAGAGCACUCCUCACCUGAGAAGGAGGCCCUGAGCCCGGAGAAGACUCUCCCGCCCCAGAAAACCGUGGCCACUGAAAGUCACGAGAAAGUCCCCAGCAGCCGGGAGAAGCGUGAGUCGCGUCGGCAAAGAGGGCUGGAGCACGUCAAGUUCCAGAACAAACACAUUCAGUCCUGCAAGGAGGAGAGCGCCCUCAGAGAAACUUCCAGAAGGGUCACCCAGGAGCAAGGGGUGAGUCUCCUGGAAGACAAAAAGGAGAGCAGAGAAGAUGAAACCCUUCUAAUCGUAGAGACGGAGGCUGAGAACACGUCCCAAAAGCAGCCCACAGAGCAACCCGAGGCCAUGGCAGUUGGCAAGGUCUCUGAAGAAACCGAGAAGACGCUGCCGGCUGGGAGCCCCAGGCCCAGCCAGGUGGAGCGACCGACCAGCCUGGCCUUGGACAGCAGGAUCAGCCCACCAGCCCCCGGCAGCACCCCCGAGACCCCCGAGGACAAGAGCAAACCUUGUGGCAGCCCAAGGGUUCAGGAAAAGCCCGACAGCCCCGGAGGCUCCACACAGAUCCAGCGGUACCUGGACUCCGAGCGGCUGGCCAGCGCCGUGGAGCUGUGGCGGGGCAAAAAGCUGGUGGCCGCUGCCAGCCCUAGUGCCAUGCUCAGCCAGUCCCUGGACCUCAGCGACAGACACCGGGCCACAGGGGCCGCCCUCACGCCCACAGAGGAGAGGCGCAUCUCCUUCUCCACGAGCGAUGUCUCCAAGCUCCUCCCAUCCCCGGCCAAGGCUCAGCCUGCAACAGAAACCACAGACGGAGAGCGAAGCACAAAGAAGCCGGCUGUCCAGAAGAAGAAGUCAGGUGACGCAUCCUCCAUCCCAGACGCAGGGCUGUCCCCGGGCUCUCAGGUCGACUCUAAAUCCACGUUUAAGAGGCUAUUUCUGCAUAAAACCAAGGAUAAAAAAUACAGCCUGGAGGGCGUGGAGGAGUUGGAGAAUGCUGUGUCCGGGCACGUGGUGCUGGAAACUGCCACCAUGAAGAAGGGCCUGGAAGCCCCCUCCGGACACCAGCACCGCCACGCCGCAGGUGAGAAGCGCACCAAGGAGCCAGGAGGCAAAGGGAAGAAGAACCGAAACGUCAAGAUUGGGAAGAUCACGGUGUCAGAGAAGUGGCGGGAAUCGGUAUUCCGCCAGAUCACCAACGCCAAUGAGCUCAAGUACCUGGACGAGUUCCUGCUCAACAAGAUAAAUGACCUCCGUUCCCAGAAGACGCCCAUCGAGAGCUUGUUUAUCGAAGCCACCGAGAAGUUCAGGAGCAACAUCAAAACGAUGUACUCUGUCCCGAACGGGAAGAUCCACGUGGGCUACAAGGAUCUGAUGGAGAACUACCAGAUCGUCGUCAGCAACCUGGCCACUGAGCGCGGCGAGAAGGACACCAACCUGGUCCUCAACCUCUUCCAGUCACUGCUAGAUGAGUUCACCCGUGGCUACACCAAGAAUGACUUCGAGCCAGUGAAGAGCAAAGCUCAGAAGAAGAAGCGGAAGCAGGAGCGCGCUGUCCAGGAGCACAACGGGCACGUGUUCGCCAGCUACCAGGUUAGCAUCCCGCAGUCGUGCGAGCAGUGCCUCUCCUAUAUCUGGCUCAUGGACAAGGCCCUGCUCUGCAGUGUGUGCAAGAUGACCUGCCACAAGAAGUGUGUGCACAAGAUUCAGAGCCACUGCUCCUACACCUACGGGAGGAAGGGCGAGCCAGGCGCUGAGCCGGGCCACUUCGGUGUGUGCGUGGACAGCCUGACCAGCGACAAGGCCUCAGUGCCCAUUGUGCUGGAGAAGCUCCUGGAACACGUGGAGAUGCACGGCCUGUACACCGAGGGCCUCUACCGCAAGUCGGGCGCCGCCAACCGCACUCGGGAGCUCCGGCAGGCGCUGCAGACAGACCCCACAGCAGUCAAGCUGGAGAAUUUCCCCAUCCAUGCCAUCACGGGGGUGCUGAAGCAGUGGCUGCGGGAGCUGCCUGAGCCCCUCAUGACCUUCGCACAGUACGGCGACUUCCUCCGAGCCGUUGAGCUGCCAGAGAAGCAGGAGCAGCUGGCUGCCAUCUAUGCCGUCCUGGAGCACCUUCCGGAAGCCAACCACAACUCCCUGGAGAGACUCAUCUUCCACCUCGUCAAGGUGGCCCUGCUCGAGGAUGUCAACCGCAUGUCGCCCGGGGCCCUGGCCAUUAUCUUCGCACCCUGCCUCCUGCGCUGCCCUGACAACUCGGACCCCCUGACCAGCAUGAAGGAUGUCCUCAAGAUUACCACGUGCGUGGAGAUGCUGAUCAAGGAGCAGAUGAGGAAAUACAAAGUGAAGAUGGAGGAGAUCAGCCAACUGGAGGCUGCAGAGAGCAUCGCCUUCCGCAGGCUUUCGCUCCUGCGACAAAAUGCUCUAUGGCCUCUCAAACUGGGGUUUUCGUCUCCCUAUGAGGGGGUCCUGAACAAGAGCCCCAAGGCCCGGGACAGCCAGGGGGAGGAGCUGGAGGUGCUGCUGGAGGAGGAGGCAGCCGGUGGCGAUGAGGACCGGGAAAAAGAGAUUCUCAUUGAACGGAUCCAGUCCAUCAAGGAGGAGAAGGAGGACAUCACCUAUCGGCUGCCGGAGCUGGACCCAAGGGGCUCAGACGAGGAGAACCUGGACUCGGAGACGUCGGCCAGCACCGAGAGCCUGCUGGAGGAGCGGGCCGGGCGGGGGGCCUCGGAAGGGCCCCCUGCGCCUGCUCUCCCUUGCCCCGGCGCGCCCGCCCCGAGCCCCCUCCCCGCCGUGGCUGCCCCUCCACGACGAAGGCCGUCGUCCUUCGUAACGGUCAGAGUGAAGACCCCCCGGCGGACCCCCAUCAUGCCCACGGCCAACAUCAAGCUCCCACCAGGCCUGCCCUCCCACCUGCCUUGCUGGGCACCAGGUGCCCGGGAGGUGGCUGCCCCAGUGCGGCGCCGGGAGCCACCUGCCCGCCGCCCGGACCAGGUACAUUCCGUGUACAUCACGCCCGGGGUACACCUGCCAACGCAGGGCGCCCUGGAGCCCCUAGAAGAGGAUGGCCAGCCACCUGCCAAGCGAAGGUACUCGGACCCCCCAAAGUACUGCCUGCCCCCCGCCUCGGGCCAGGCCAUGGCUGAGGGCCACAGCUGACAAAGUCUGCAUGUCCGAGGACGGCCCCUGCACUGGAGCUGGGCGCCAGAGCUGCAGAGCUAGUGUUCGGCCCUCAGAGAAGGAUCCAGAAUCAAAAGCUCAAGAGCGACGUGAGGUGGGCACCGGCCCCAAGUGCAGAGUCAAGGCAGGGAGAGGCCGGCUGGAGCCAGGCCCCCUCGCACCCAGCCCCCAAAUCACCGACGCACCUGCGGGGAGCGCCACAUCUCCGCCUGCAGCCUCACAUCUCCCCACUCCCCUUUUGUACGUUUAACCGUUUCUUUGUACGUGGUUUACGUAACUUUAAACUGUAACAGCCUUAAUGGAAGACCAAAUGGUUUUUUAUAUGUGUAUGUACAAAGUUUUCUAUUAACGCUGCCCGUCUCCCUUAUAACCUGGACUUGAGCUGUCAGAGCGGAGGCCACUAGGCCCCUGUGCGUCUGAGGCUCAGACCCCUGCUAUGGUUGGCUUGGGGUGGCCAGUGGGCUGGGACCCUCCAUGAGAGUUUUGGACACUUGGGCCACCUGACCCGUGCCCGUCUGACACAUGUCUCCGGGGGACAGCCACCUGGCCAAUGUGCAUGUGAGGACGUGCUGGAACCUUCUAUGGGGGUCUAGGCUAUUGGCUGGAGCCAGGACAUGAGUCAGGGGCACCACAGACCUCACAUGCCAGGGAGACUUGAAUGUGGCUGUCACUCUUCCGGACGCCAAGGGCUGCAGGAGGCUGGCUGCUCUUGGCACUACCCACCCCAUGUGACAGAACAGGAGCCAGUGACUCAGGACUGCUCACGGACCAGGAGGGCAAUGCCUGAAGUCAGACCUCCCUACAGGUCAACAGGGACAACCUGGGGAUCUCUGGAGCAGGGCCCUCCUCUCUCAGGCUUGGCCCACUCCCCCAGACACCUGGACACAUGGCCACAAAUCUGGGACAAAGGGCCUCCGCACGGCGUGAAAUAAAAAGUGCCUGAGAAGUGUG